AUGAGUAUUUUUCUCAACUUACUUAACUUGCUUGUAUUAGCUUGUUUCUAUUUUCAAUAAGUGAAAUGCGUGGAUAUUUUAGAACCAGCAGAUUUAAUGUAUGAUGAGCUAUUAAAGGAGAAUAAUUAUACAAAAGAUUACAGGAUAUUAAAGAAAAAACAAAGCGAAGAGACAAUUAUGGUUUCUCUUGAUAGUUUGGGUCUAAAUUAUUAGAUUCAAGCAAAGUAUAUUUAUGAUAAUGAAGAAGUUAAUGCAAAAUAAGAAUAUGUAUUUUCUUCUUACAGUAGCCAUCUAUUUUUGACAGAAUACAUGCAAAGAUCACCUUCAACAAACAAAACAUUAAUAUAAUUGUACUAGCAAAGCAAAUUAAUUGGCUAUGAAAUCAGGUUGAGCUUGCAAGAUACCUCUAAAAAUAAUUAAACUGAGUUUGAAUUCAAAAUUACAUAUUAUAGAGAAGAAGACAUUGAUUCUCUAGAAGAUGGUACUUCGACUAAAUUUUUGAAUAUGUUCAGUGGAGACAGUGAAUGGAAAAAAAUAGACUUUCCUGUAAAUUUAAUGGAAAUGAUGAUAUUUACGCUAGAAAAUGCAUAUGAUAUUGAAUUUUUUAUGUAUUCAAAAUUUGCCAACAAUUUGACAUCAACAACUCCACAAAACUGUGCUAUCCCUUACACAAUUUCCAGAUAUUCUCUAAAAAGCCUGUAAUCAAGUCAAACAGUGAUGAUACUUUUGAGACGCAAAUAUGAUAUAAAUCCUAAAACAACUCCUAAUAUAAUAGACUUUAAACUGAGUAUAUUGUCUAUUUAUUCUCUUGAUAAUAAGCUUUCAAUAUUUCGCCAUGAUUUUGCUAAUUUUGACGUUUUGCUCCCAAUCUUCAAUGCAAAUAAAAUUUUAAAUAAGAAAAGCAAGAAUGAGACACAAAAAAGUUUUUUGGAAAUCUCAAAUAGUUAGCUCAAUACUUCAAAUUAAAAUAAAACCUUUGAUUUCUAAAACUCAACAAUUUAUUAGUAAAAAAAAAAUUAAACAAAAUUGUUAAAUUCAGAAAAAAAAAAUUAAUUAAAAUAUGCAAAUUUGAACUAAACUAGAGGUAUCAAUCAAAUAGAAAAUUAAAAAUAAAUUUCAAGUAAGAAAAGGUAACUAUAGUUGACUCCUUUUGAGUAAUUUAUUAUUCAAAAUGUAAUGGAAUAUGAGGUUAUAUUUCCAAUUUAUGAUUAUACUUAGCCCUUUUAUUUAGGUGCAGUUGCAUCAUCCUGUAACUCGUAUAUUAAAUAUUAAUUAUGCAAUAUGAUUGAUGACUGCUCAAGCACUAAUCUUCAAUUAAAUGAAACAGAUUUAGUCUACUUCAGUGAUAAAUUUUCUAAUAUAGAUUAAACUACUACAGCAAAAGCUUUAAUAAAACCAAGUGAGUAUAAUUCUUGCAAGCCAAACUGUUUUGUUCAUGCUAUUCUUCAUAUAGAGCUGUUACUUGAUCCUUAGUCUGAUUUUGAAACUUUUAAAUUACAAAGCUCUUAAAUAAUUCAUGAUAUGAGUAAUCCUGCAAAACCAUUUUUUGAUUAUCUACCUCUGCUUGCAUAUACUUUUUUUUCAGUUGAAGUUCCAGAAGAUUUAAAUCAACUAACAAUUUAAUAUUUUUCAGGGUAUUAACACUGCUAUCUUUUGUUUUCUCACUCAUAUGUACCUAUAAAGGAUAAUAAUACUUCAGUAGUAUCAGAAAGUAUAGAUGAUAACACAUUACCAAGCUAGAUAUAGUAAUUGAGAAGAACCCUUUAAUAUAGUGGAGAUAAAUUUUAAACUGAAUUAGUUAAGUAUGAACUCCCUGAAAUAGAUUUAAGGCCUGUAAAGCACUCCUUUUAUUUAGACACAAAGUAUCCAACAUUUUAAUCAGGUUAAUUAAUUGUUAAACCAGCCAAAAAAGGAAUUCACAUUUUUUCAACAAUUAAUUUAUCUCCUAUGUAUUCUCCAUUCACCAUUUAAGUAAACUCUUUUAACUUGAGGCAAAUGACUAAUUCCUCUUACAUAUCGAUAACUCUUUAAGGAAUAAAUGACCUUUAAUCUUUAUACUACGACAAAACUAGCACUAAAGAUAACAAUAUUUUAUUAUAAUUUUGCAGUUAAUUAACAGAUAUUACUAUAUAUGCCAGUUCUUGUCCAAAUAAUUAAACUAUAUCUUAAUGCCAUAUCCCAUCUAAAUAACACCAUUCUUUUUAUUAGAAUAUCGCAUCAAAGAAUUCUUCUAUUCCUGACUUAUGUCCUAAUGAAAUAUGCCAUAUUUUAUUCACAAUCUAAUAUAAUCCAUUUACAGUCUUAGAAGAUUAAGAAGAAUCAAAUGAAAAUUAAAUUAAAAAAUUUUCAGUUACUUUGAUUGAAAUAGGUGAUAAAUCUUCAUAAACAGUUAAUAAAGACGACUAAUCUAAAAAUUAGCCAAAGAAAAAUGAGGCAGGAAAUACUCAAGAAACUCCUUAUAAUUACAAGUGGAUUAUAAUUUCAUGCUGCAUUCUUUUAGGAUUAAUUACUUUAGCAAGUGGUUUAAUGUGCUACAUCAAAAUGAAACAAAACAAGAUUUUAAAGUAAAUGAAGCGUUAAAACAAAUAACUCCUAUCUAAAAAAAAUGGUUAAAAUGAUGAAUAUAAUGAAGAUGAAGAUGACGAUGAAGAUGAUGAUGAAGAGGAUGAUAAUUUUGAAGUUGGAGAAGAAUUCAAAAUAAAAGAUAUUGAAUCUAAUAAAAAAAUAAAUCCUAUUACAGUAAAUGAAGAUAUGUUUUUAGAAAGGACAAGUACAAAUUCUAGAUAGAAUGGCGAAUAAUAUCUUUCGAUAGGGUGA